GAGCGCGCAACAGCGCAAACAUCUGUCAAAAAUUUUCGACUUCUUCCGCGUUGUGUGUGCGCGUCUGUCCGCCAGUGUUUGGAACGCGUUUCCACCGCAUUUAAUCGCACUUGUUUUGCUGUGCGCUGUCCGGGGCAACAUAUUGUACACUUAUCGUGUGCAUUGCAGACCUACAGCACAAUACAAGGAAGUAGUGCAACCUCAACGGACGCGUUACUAUUGCGCAAUAAAAACAACAACGUGUAGUCGUAGGGGUGGUGCCUGUCGUUAUUCUCGUCGUCCUUCCAGAAACAAGCGCAGUGUGGAGAAGGAAAUCCGUGUGUCUCGUUGGACGGACCACAAAACAGCAGCAGGCUGCACAUAUGUGUUUGACUUUUCUACGGACAGCUUUCAUCGACGUCAUAACACGAUUGCUGCUGCUGCGCCCUAGGAGGCUCGCGCCGUCCGGAUACAACGCACGGUGGUGCUGUGCAUGCAGCAAUCGAUAAUACGACAGCAGCAGAAAAUCAGCCCAGCAGCAGACGACGACGGGUGCGUUUGUGCCGUUCAAAACUCAACAGCUGGCCGUGUCGGUUGUACGCGCGUUGGUGGGACAUCUUCCCCCGAAAACAAAAGAAAAACCACAAACCGUUUGACCGUAACGGGAAGAUUGUUCUUUUCCUUCCCUUGGAUGGAUAAUUAGAAUCAGCAUCUGGGAGACAAGCCGCAAAUAGUGAACAACUCCCCCUCUCAAAAACCGCUCUCAUCAUCUCGUUCGAUCGUGCAACAAUAAUUGUGCCUUGCCACACUAGCAACACCGUACAAAAGCAGCGGAGUGAAGAGAGAGGGCCGGAACAGUACAUAUCAACGUGAGGGGUGCACAACAGUCUGCUGCAAAAUAAAAACACGCACCCGUGGUUACCCGAGAGCCUGUAGCAACCGGGGGACCCUCGCACAACCCAACAACUAAAACGACGAAACCAAGGGCAACAACACACGGGGGUGGUGCCUGCUGUGCUUGCUGCGGUUGCUAUCCCUGUGUGUGUGCAAACACCGACCGAACCGUCUGUUUCCCGGGGGCGCCUUAAACACACAACGUAGACGGCGCAGCAUCGAGUGUCAGUCUGCACCAAGCGCCACGAGUGUGUGCUGUACAAACUCCGACCAGUCCCUCUCUCUGUGGUGAAGAGUGUGUGAAAAAACACAGACAGCAGGCGGCAGCAAGUGGGGAAGGCUACAAAGUUACAAAAAAGCCCAACUUUUCUCUCCCAGCACUGCACACCAAUGGCGUCCGGAUCGGUGUCCGUUUCCACAGGGACCAAAACCACCAACAAAACCGGCAUGUCCGGAACGACGGGAGGCGUUACCGGGGGCACGGUAGGCGGCGGCGGCGGUGGUGCCGGUGGGCGCAAAAAGUCCGGCCCCAAGUUCGAGCUGUCGGACGAGCAGCGGCAGGACAUAAAGGAAGCGUUCGAUCUGUUCGACUCGGAGGGUACGGGCAUGAUCGACACGAAGGAGCUGAAGGUGGCGAUCCGGGCGCUCGGGUUCGAGCCGAAAAAGGAGGAAAUCAAGAAGAUGAUUGCCGAGAUCGAUAAGGAUGGGUCGGGGAAGAUUUCGUUCGACGAUUUUCUGCAGCUAAUGACGGUCAAGAUGGCGGAGAAGGACUCGAAGGAGGAGAUACUAAAGGCGUUCCGGUUGUUCGACGAUGAUGAGACGGGUACGAUUUCGUUUAAAAAUCUGAAGCGCGUCGCGAAGGAGCUGGGAGAAAACUUGACCGACGAGGAGCUGCAGGAGAUGAUCGACGAGGCCGACCGGGACGGGGAUGGGGAGGUGAAUCAGGAAGAGUUUCUGAGGAUUAUGAAGAAAACGAGCCUGUACUAAAAGGAGGGCAGGAGGGAGCGUGCAGUAGGAAUAUACCAAGCAUGCAUUUACUGUCUUUUGCGCCAUUUGUAAGCAACACAGGGAGAUGAUACACAGGAGAAGAAGGACAAUUUAACGUAACAAAGCCAAAACAUGUAACAGUAUCACCAAGGGAGAAGAGAGAGAAAGAGAGAGAGAGAUCGAGCAAGAUAUGACAAAAGGAGGAUUGAUAAAAGCUCUACAACAAGUAUUCAAAUUAAUCAACGAAUUAGUACAACAGCAGCAGGUGUGGCAGGCGCAGCACACACACAAACACUUUUCGAACGAAUCUUCCCGAUUCCUGUGAAUCUCCAGCAUUCCAUGUACUGUUAGGCAGGGCUCUGGAAGGGGUUUGUUGCAUUUAGAGCGAAACAACACAAAGAAACAUUUAAAACAAACAAAUCAGGGGGCAAAGAGCACAGUUUACUCACUCUCCAGAGAGCGAAAACGAAAAAAAAACAAACACAAAUGGCUUUACUAUAUAGAAGGGUAGCACGCGACCUAUUUGGCAGGAGCAGUCCCUUAUAGAAAGAUGAUGAUGCAAAGGCGAGCUAAGCUGCACCAACUGUUGGUCACUCGGCACACUGCUGCUGCUUCCUUUCCACACACGUUUAUUCCUCUUAAAGAGGAGAUCGCGCGCGCGCGCCCAAGCAAGCUUACUUAUAAAUAAGGGAGGAUGCAACAGUAAAUGUGCAAACAAGCUCUCUCCGUCUCUCUCUCUCUCUCUCCGCUACCCAUUAUUGAUAAGGAAGGGAGAAAAAAACGGCGAAUACAUGAUGAUCGCAUAUAUUUUAACCCGAUGACAAAUGUGUUAUUGAUAAUCUCUCGAUUAGUGAGUGAGACGAGUACGUUUAAAAAGUAGAGCAGACAGCACCCACUUUCA